AUGUCGUGCACAGAAAAAUUUCCUAACCAUUUAAUAGAUCUUAUCAAGACAUCUAAAUAUGUCCAUCUAGCUACAGCUUCAACAGAUUGUGUUCCAUCUGUCUCGUUGAUGAAUUAUACUUAUAUCCCGGCCGACAAGACCUUUAAGAGUUCGCCUAAUCAAAAGGAUUGUUUUAUAAUUUUUGCUACUUUCAAUAACACUGAAAAAUAUAUUAAUAUUUUAAGUAAUCCAACCGUGUCAUUAUUAUUCCAUGAUUGGGUAACUGCAAAUAAUCUUUCAGUUAAAAAGAAUAGUUUAUCUCGUUCUGGAACACCAAUGCAAGAAGGAACAUCGACCCCUUCUGCUAUUACUUCGGCUCCACAACAUCCAAGUAAAUUGUUGAAUCUUUUGCAACAAUUAAAUCAAGCAGAACUAAAUGAAAUGAGUGCAACCAUUAGAGGCCACGCCAUACCUAUUGAACCUGGUAAUGAGGAAUCUAACUAUUAUAAAGAUAUUUUAUUAAAGACGAAUCCAGAUGCUAAAGUUUUCAUCGAUAGUGAAAAAACUGUCAUUGUUAAAGUGAAGAUCGAAAGUGCAAAAGUCACCGAUAAUGAAAAUAACACAAAUAUAUACAAAUAA